AUGGGGUUUGCGCAGGUGUUGCUGUUGGCGGCGGCCAUGGCUGCGGCGCUGGCCUUGGCGACGGAGGGCGUCCACUUUGAGGAGAAGGACCUCGCCACUGAGCAUAGCCUGUGGGACCUCUACGAGCGAUGGUGGAGCCACCAUGCAGUGAAGCGGGAGCUCGAUGAGAAGAGGAGAAGGUUCCCCGUGUUCAAGGACAACGUCCGUUUCAUCAACGGGCACAACAGGAAGGACAGUACCUACAAGCUCGGGCUCAACAAGUACGGCGACAUGACCAGCGAGGAGUUCCGGCGAGCCUCAGCCGGCUUCAACCUUCAGCGCCGCCGCGGAGGGCUGAGGGCUUCCGGGGAGUUCUCCAAUGCCAACGCCACAGCCACGCCGCCGUCGGUAGACUGGCGGCAGAAGGGCGCUGUCACUCCCGUGAAGGACCAGGGCGAUUGUGGUGAGCCUUCUCUGCGUGGGGUUCUUGCGCUGGUGAAACCAGCCUCUGACAUUAUUGCUCAUGUGGGUUUGCUUCCUUCCUCUCUCAAGGUGGCUGCUGGGCCUUCUCGGCGGUGGCGGCGGUGGAGGGGAUCACCCAGAUCAGGACCUCAAAGCUCGUCUCCCUCUCCGAGCAAGAGCUCAUCGACUGCAACACUGCUGAGAACCAGGGGUGCGGCGGCGGGCUCAUGGACUACGCCUUCGAGUUCAUCAAGAACAACGGCGGCAUCGCCGCCGCGAGGGACUACCCAUACACUGCCGCCGACGGCGCCUGCGACACCGACAAGGUAAGAUGGUGACUUCUGCAACUAAAGACGAUCAUCAAGAGCUGGAACGGCUCCAUUACAAAACUAUCUCCGGCGAGUACGCGCAGGAGAACUCUCCGGCGGCGACGAUCGACGGCCACGAGGACGUCCCGGCCAACGACGAGGACGCCCUGCUGAAGGCGGUGGCCAACCAACCAGUCUCCGUCGCCAUUGACGCCGGCGGGAGGAAGUUCCAGUUCUACUCCGAGGGGGUGUUCGCCGGCGACUGCGGCACGGAGCUUAACCACGGCGUGGUCGCCGUCGGCUACGGGGAGACGCCGGCAGGGACCAAGUACUGGAUUGUGAAGAACUCGUGGGGCCCGGAUUGGGGGGAGGAGGGCUACAUCAGGAUGGAGCGUGGCGCCGCCACCAAGGAAGGGCUCUGCGGCAUCGCCAUGGAGGCCUCCUACCCGACCAAGGGCUCCACCAAGCCCCGCCGUCGAGGUGAGAAGACCGGCCGUGUCUCCAAGGACGAGCUCUGA